GGGAUCUUUAACCAUCUGCAGGUUCCUGGCGUCUAGUUUUUAUUUCUUGUUCUGUUCCAGUCCUCUGUCUAACUGCUGAAGUUUCUUCAUCUUUCUGUGGCGUGAAGAAGAUCUGAGAUUCUCCUUAUUAAAUCCACCAGCAGCAUGGCUUCUGAGGAGACAGCGGCCGGACCUCGGUCACAUCGUCUCGUCCCCUGGUUUGAUCCGGAAAGUGCUGCGGUGGUGACCAUCCUGUUGGGGCUGUUCCAGGUCCUGCUGUCUGCCUCGAUGGCCCACACUGACCACAAUCUGCCAAAGCUCUUCAUCCUGCCGCUCAUCCUGGGAAUCCUGAUCGUGGCAGGAGGAUCCUUCACCAUGGCCAAUGAGAGGAACCCGAGCAGACUGCUGCUCCGUGGCUGCGCCUGCAGUAACCUGCUCGGCCUGCUGGGGUCGCUGCUCGCCUUCUGCCUGUACUGCUUCAGCCUCAACUCUGAACACAACCAAGAACAGUGUCCGCCUCAUCCUACGGAUCAUUACUAUGACUCUUCGUUUUACCACUGUCCCCCGGAGAAGCUGGCGCAGGUUUAUUCCUGGAGCAUCACCCAGCUGCUGCUGAUCUAUGACUCUGGAGCCGUGGUCAUGCACUCUCUCCUGUCCAUCUCUGCCAUCAAAACACUUAAAAAAGACUAACACAGAGACAGGCCUCUGUUUCAGUGAAGAUAUUUCUUUAACUUGUGCACAUUUUCAUUUUGCAGUGACUGAUAAUCAUAUAUAAAGCACACUGUGUGAAUAAAGUUUAAUUCUGUAAUUGAAUUACUUGUCUGGAUGGGUAACAUCUGGCCUUGUGUCAGCCUGUAACUCUUCAUCUGUCCAGACUGGCUAAAAGUAGACAGAGUGUCCACCAUCUCUGCUGAGGCUGAAGGUGGAUGAAUGAAAACAGUCAUCAGGUCUGAAAUGAGCAGAGAGCUCUGCAGCAUGAAAGUGAGUCACAGUUUCCAGCUUGUUGUGGAAUCUGUGAGCCAAAGAACGGGGCUGACAGAGCCCAGCGUCAAGCUUCAUCUAAAACAGUGAGUCCGUUUUCACCAGAACGAAGUCUGAGGUCACAGUUUCCAUUUGUUGUAGAGCUGGGAAAAAGGGAGUUCCUGCCGCUACAAACCAGAGAAAUUAUCGCUGUUUUCAGUGCUUGGGGCUGUUUGAAGACCACUGCAACCUUAACCCCUGUACCCUCUUCAGGUUUACUCCCUCUGGCAACUUCAGUAAUUAAAUAUGUCCACAAAACUAAAA